ACAACGCUGCAUAAAAUGGUAAACAAACAAAUAUUUUUAUUUAAUUCGACUGUAAUUUAGUGCUGUUUAAUUCUUUAGGAACCAGUAAGUAAUUUUGUCGUCCCUGGAGCAAUAAAGGAAGAAGAUAUAAAGAGGAUUGAAGCAACAACAGAGUCAAUUUCUGACAAUAUUUUAAAAUUUUCAUUUUUUCAUUCUGAAAAUCGGAAGUUUAUAACAUUUUUGGACAUUCAGCUUUUUGUGCCCUUUGAUGAGAACCUGGAUAUUGAUCUAGUGGAAAAGUUUGAGGAAUUGAACAUUUCUUUGUAGCUGUCUGUGAAAAUAUGCAAUUUAUGGAAUUUUAAAUAGGAACUUAAUGGAUUAUAAUGAAUUAAAAGAUCGACUGGAUGAAAUAUUUACUGAGUGCAUUAGAGGAAAAGAGAAAGUGGAACUAGAAUUUGAGGUUUUUGAGAAGAAAUUAAUGAAAUAUCAAGACUAUAAGGUUGUUCAUCCAAAGAAGAAGCUUAAAUAUAAUAAAACAAUUAAGGAACCAGAAAUCAUCCCAAACAUUCUUAAUAAAACUUACAACAUUGAGGAAGCUGUUGAAUCGAAGGAAUUAAUUGAACCAACUCAAUCGUACAAUCCAACACCAUUGUCAACAAAAAUGCACAUCAAAAACAUCUUUAAAGGAAGUGAAAAAUCGCAAGCUCAAGUCCCAGUGAAGAAAUUCAAGAGAAAGCUGGACAUAAAGAAACUCCAAGAUGAAUCAUCGUUUUUCUUUAACAAAGUUCCACCGUUACUUCCUUUAGUAAUAACGAGAAAACCGAUAACAUUUGAUGACCUGGACACCGAUGAUGAGCAACCGAAAGGUCAAUAUCCUAAAUGGUCCUUUCCACGUUAUUACAUGAGAAAAAUGAAGGAACAAGUUUAUGUUGAAUGGAAACUUGUUGAACAGUUCUAUUCUUGUCCAAGUUUGGAUGCAGCCAGUGUCUUGUCAAUCUUUCCUUCAACAAGCCCCAGCAGGUUAGUUCGAAAUGAAUCAUCGAUUUGGGAUUCUGAAAUUGUUGAAGGCUGUUCUUUUAUACAAUAAAUACUUUUGGAAUUUGUAGAGUCUGAACACAGUUUA